UCGCGGGCGUUUUAUGGCGUCCGGUGCGUGCGGCUAGGUACCUGGUUCAGCCGCUCCGCUGCCCUUUGCGCGCCCGGGAGUCUGUGGCCGGACCCCACUGUUGCGCGCUGCACAGUGCCGUUGGUAGCUGGGAGGUCUGCUGGCUUUUUCUCCCGGCUCGGCCAUGCCAGCCGUGCUGGGGUUUGAAGGUAGCGCCAACAAGAUUGGCGUGGGAGUGGUGCGGGACGGCGCGGUGCUGGCCAACCCGCGGCGGACCUAUGUCACGCCACCGGGCACCGGAUUCCUUCCAGGUGAUACUGCCAGGCACCACCGAGCUGUUAUCCUGGACCUUCUGGAGGAGGCAUUAAAAGAGGCUGGAUUAACCUCCCAGGAUAUUGAUUGCAUUGCCUAUACAAAAGGGCCUGGCAUGGGUGCUCCACUGGCAUCUGUGGCUGUUGUGGCUCGUACCGUAGCCCAGCUGUGGAAUAAGCCAUUGUUGGGUGUGAACCAUUGUAUAGGCCACAUUGAGAUGGGCCGUCUCAUCACUGGAGCCACCAACCCAACCGUGCUGUAUGUCAGCGGAGGCAAUACCCAGGUGAUUGCAUACUCAGAACAUCGCUACCGCAUCUUUGGGGAAACCAUCGAUAUUGCUGUGGGUAAUUGUCUGGAUCGUUUUGCUCGAGUGUUGAAGAUUUCCAAUGACCCCAGUCCAGGCUACAAUAUCGAACAGAUGGCAAAGCGAGGCAAGAAGUUAGUUGAACUGCCAUACACUGUGAAGGGGAUGGACGUCUCAUUCUCGGGGAUCCUGUCUUUUAUUGAGGAUGUAGCCCAGCGGAUGCUGGCCACAGGCGAGUGUACCCCUGAGGAUCUGUGUUUCUCCCUGCAGGAAACCGUGUUUGCAAUGUUGGUAGAGAUCACAGAGAGAGCCAUGGCACAUUGCGGCUCCCAGGAGGCCCUCAUUGUGGGAGGUGUCGGCUGUAAUAUCAGGCUACAGGAAAUGAUGGAGACAAUGUGCCAAGAACGUGGAGCCCAGCUUUUUGCCACAGAUGAGAGAUUUUGCAUUGACAAUGGAGCCAUGAUAGCCCAGGCUGGUUGGGAGAUGUUUCGGGCGGGACACAGGACCCCCCUCAAUGAGUCUGGCAUUACACAGCGGUAUCGGACAGAUGAAGUAGAAGUGACCUGGAGGGAUUAAUGAGGUCAAUAGGACUGGCGUAGAGAAUGCCCUGAGCAGAGCCCAAGGCCCUCUGGGUAUUAAUCGCUGUCCUGAUGUGGGAGUCCUGGCGGGCCUGUUGGCUCUCCCAUUGUUAAACCUGUUGUUGAUGAUUAACAAUAAAAUAUUUUUGGUUUUG